CGUCAGAGAAAAAAAAACAACCCGCACAUUCACCUGCAUUAUCUCCUCCACCGCUGCCGGCCUCCCGAGCCCAACCUCGUCGCCCCGGCCUCCGGCAGCUCACCGCCGGCCUCCUCCCCGGCAGCUAUGCUGCCAGGAUGCUCCCCUACUGGCCUCCCCUCCGCCCUCAAUCGCCCUCUCCACGAACCGCUCCCCCAACAACCACGCUGUGGUGGCAGGAAAUACAUGUUCUUUCUACAGAAAAAUGUUGCCAUCCCCAUUGUAACCACAGCAGCUGCACCAGGCAAAGGUGGUGGCGUGCUUGAUCGACCAGCAGAGAAAGUCUCUCCUGGCCGCCAAUCUGAAUUCGAUAAGAAGAAAUCCCGGAAGAUGUCACCUCCAUUCCGCGUCGUCCUGCAUAAUGACAACGAAAACAGGCGGGAGUACGUUGUCCAAGUCCUGAUGAAGGUUAUCCCUGGGAUGACUGUCGACAAUGCUGUUAAUAUCAUGCAAGAGGCACACGUGAAUGGGAUGGCAGUAGUUAUUGUCUGCUCGCAGCCGGAAGCGGAGGAGCACUGCACGGCGCUGAGGGGCAAUGGCCUCCGAAGCUCAAUUGAACCUGCAAGUGGUGGCUGCUGAAAAAAAGGUUUCUUUUUUGCCACUUAGUUUGUAGGUGCCACUGCACAUCCAGAUACAGGCGCUCGUUGUUAAAGAUGGACAUGGUUACCUCUAUGGUUCUAAAUCAAAGCCAAUGCAACCGAUAUAUCAGUUUGGGGGUUUACCGACAUAGAUAUAACCUAUCAUUUUGUAAAUAUCAUUUUUACACAUAUCAUCCCAUAUAGACCGAAAUAUCGACCAAUGUGGCUGAUAUCGCACCCUAUAUGUCCACUAAUAUAGACAGAUAGCUAGAUGUCAACAUUUCUAUCUCAGAGAAUAGUGAAAUUAAGAUUAUGUAUUCACAACUUCAU